AGUCAUCUGUCAUGGGAGGGUCACUUGAGCUUCGGCUAGAUGCCAGGCUCUGGGCAUGUACAACCGCCUUCGCUCUCAUGAACCCCAUAUAACAGAUGAGAAAACGUGCAAGAUGACCUCACCCGCCCAAGGUCACUUGGCAGGCGGGGAGACCGUUCCAGAAGGAAUUUGAUGGUGGGGAAAAGAAGAUGCGUUGCCUGACUACCCCAGCACUGCUUCGGGCCCUGGCCCAGGCUGCACGUGCAGGGCAUCCCACUGGCCGGAGCCUCCACAGCAGCACAGUGGCAGCGACCUACAAGUUCGUGAACAUGCGGGAACCCUCGAUGGACAUGAAGGCGGUGACCGACAGGGCGGCUCAGACCCUGCUGUGGACUGAGCUCAUCCGAGGCCUGGGCAUGACCCUGAGCUACCUGUUCCGGGAACCUGCCACCAUCAACUACCCAUUCGAGAAGGGCCCACUGAGCCCUCGCUUUCGGGGAGAGCAUGCGCUGCGCCGGUAUCCAUCGGGAGAGGAGCGCUGCAUCGCCUGUAAGCUCUGUGAGGCUGUCUGCCCUGCCCAGGCCAUCACCAUUGAGGCCGAGCCGCGGGCCGAUGGCAGCCGCCGGACCACCCGCUACGACAUUGACAUGACCAAGUGCAUCUACUGCGGCUUCUGCCAGGAGGCCUGCCCCGUGGACGCCAUCGUCGAGGGCCCCAACUUCGAGUUCUCCACCGAGACGCACGAGGAGCUCCUGUACAACAAGGAGAAGCUGCUCAGCAACGGAGACAAGUGGGAGGCCGAGAUCGCCGCCAACAUCCAGGCCGACUACCUCUACCGCUGACGCCCCCCGUCCGGCUGGCCCGCAGCCCCUGCCGCCCAAUAAAAAAGCUCUGCCCUCCCGCA